AUGCUAAAAUCACUAAGAAAACUUCGUAAAAAUAAUAAUGAUACUUUAUGUCUUCAUCCUGGUUGCCAAAAUAAAGUUGGAAGAGGCAGAAAUGGAAUUGAUUUUAAUUACUGCAGCCCUACCUGUCAAUUAGCAAGUUUUCAGAGUAGUAAUACAGAGCCAGUGAACGAUUAUAUAGUUGCUUCGGAGAUUUAUGAUGUAGAUGUAACUGAUACGCAGCAGUGGUCACAGUUACAAACCAAUCCUGUAAUAUUAGAAUCCACAUCAGGUUCUUCUCAAAAUUCAAACGAUAUUAGUCAGUGGUCAAGAAACUCAUUUAGAUCACUUCAACAAUCUCCUGGCUCUUCAUCUUAUUCUCGUCCUCCUCAGCAAGGAUAUACAUCAACAAAUGAUUAUUACGCGUCCUCAAAACAGCCUGGGUCAAAUUUCUCGAUGUGGUUAAACCUUAACGCCGACCAGGAUAACUUAGACUUUUCGCCAUUUGGACAAACCUCAGACAGUUUGCCCGAGGAAAAGGUG